UGAAUGCUCGAUUUCGAAAUCCAAAUACAAUACAUCCGUUUGUGCUUGUGUCUCACUUCUAAAUUCAAUUGCGUUAUUUCUGGGACUCUUAGUUCAUACUACAAUUCAAAUAAUUCAAAACAUUAUAUUGGCGUCGCGAUGGGGCCUGUAAUGGAAAAGUUAGAUAUUCAUUCAACUUCGGAAGCUUUUGAAGAUUACUUUGAAAGGUUCGAAAUCUGGGCUAUGACCAAGAAAGAUGAUGAGGAUGUUAAUAUUGCGGCACAUUUCCUCACAUUCAUUGGAAAAGAAGCAUACAGCUUAUUAAGAAUUCUGACUAUGCCGGAAAAGCCUAUCUCGCUUCCUUAUACAACUCUCAAGGAACUGCUGCUAGACUGUGUUAAUUAUACAAAUUUCGAAUGCGGUAAAGGAGGAAGAUCUCGUAAAAUGAUUCAUGAGGAUAUAAAAAAUUCUACUACAUUACUACGUCAUCCUGACCCAGUGCAUACUCAAUUUUAUGCAGAUAAUUCAUUGAGGAGUUGCGAUGCAGUCCACGAGGAUGGGGACAAGUUUGGUCAAUAUUUGUUCUCUGGCAAGUUCCAUUCUUCUAAUUCAUGUAAAUUUCGUAAUUCUAAGUGCUUUAAAUGUGGUGAUAUUGAACAUAUUCAGUCAGUCUGUAAUACUAAUGUUCAUCUGAUUGCAACUAAUAUUAAGACUUGUAAUUCUGAUUCUACUGAGUCGAGUAUUCCUGAUGAUCAUUUAUCUUUAUCAACGAUUUCAAAGGACAGUGUAGAGUCAUAUGACAGUUCAGAGUUAAAUGAAAUCCAGAAUUCUUGUGAGACAACAGUUCCUAAUCAACCGAUUUAUCAGAAUUCUCAUGCUAUUGUACCAGGCAUGACUUUUCCUAAUGAUUCACAAAUAUCUAAUGAAAUUACUUGCAAUUCUGAGGAAAAUAUGUUAAAUGAACCUAAUCAUGAUCGGAAACCUGAUGUGGUUUGGUUAGAUGCUGAUUUUUCUAACGAUCCUACACGCUGCAAGGAGAGUCCUAAUGAAUUUCAUAAGAAUAUUUCAGAAGAAUCAAAUCCUGAUGUCAUAUCAUAUAUUACCUAUCUUCAUAAUGCAUUUGAUCCUUGUGGAAAACCUGCUCAAUGCGAAGCACAAGUACUAAAUGACCUCGAGUUUGAUUACAUUUCGGAUGAUUUCAUAUCAACUGCUGUUUACCCUUAUCACAAAAACAGUUCUAAUGUUUACUCUAAACAAUGUGAGAAAUAUGUUUUAAAUGAAGCCACAUUAUUCAUAACUUGGGGAUAUAAAGAUCCAACAUUAUUUCGUGGGGAGGAUAGUGUUGAAAAAUCUAUGGUUUGAAUUCGAGAUAAUAAUGAUUUCACUACAAAGGCGACUUGCUGGUUGUAUACAAUCCCAGGUGAGUCUGUUCCGAUUUCGUUUGUUAAUUCCAAUACUAAUGAGCACUUUCUAGAUACUACAAAGUUUCUAUCCAAUAAAUUGUCGGACAGACUCAGGAUGAACUUAAGAAGAAGACGUAAAACCGAUUACAAACACUUAUACUUCUAUUUAAGCUGUGGCGGAUGUGGUGUUUGAACGAACUAAUAAUACCUUUGUACUUGUUGAAUGCUCGAUUUCGAAUUCCAAAUACAAUACAUCCGUUUGUGCUUGUGUCUCACUUCUAAAUUCAAUUGCGUUAUUUCUGGGACUCUUAGUUCAUACUACAAUUCAAAUAAUUCAAAACGUUAUAUACGGAGAGGAGCGUCGUCAGAACUUGUGAAGAUGACACAGGUAUUUGGAGUUUGACAACGCUUCUACCAGUAACACCUUCGAAUAUGAAUCGUACCCACCAAGUGAAAUCAAAAGGCAGAAGCGAGGAGGUUCGAAGAUAUAUUUGAUAGGCCAUAAAUAUAUUAAAACAUAUGGUCAGCAUCCAAUGUCGAAAACUUACAGAGCUAUUUAUUUUGGGGAUUUAUUUACCGCAACAGAUCACUCCCCCCUAGUUGGGUAGUGAUGACCCAAAGACGUGGCCAGCCAGAAGUUCAAACCCAACAAGUUUUGUCAUCGGUAAACACUCUUUAGCAGCGUCUGGUCGUCUUUCCUUACUAUAAGGGACCAUGAAAUACAAUAUAGUAUGAAAAUAAUGUACAAUGAAAAUUUUGGUCCGUCAUAAACCCCAUUGUUCUUUUUAUCAUCUUUUCCAGCCGUGCUGGAAAAGAAAAAAAGAAUAUGUAAGUGCAUGUCGAAAUAAACUCGUACGCGCUUCAAGACACAAAAUAUGCGAAAAAAGGUUGAUAACGUGACAGCCAUUUUUACAAAAUGUUUUUUUGUUUUGUUAUUUUUUGAAAAUUUUUUUAAUACACACAUUAGCCAAAUAAUAAAUAUAUAUAAAUAUAAGCAUAC